UAAAACACCUCUUUUUUACUUCAUAGACGCGCUUAAAGACAAUCAAGUAAAAUUAGAAACUGCUUUGCAGCUUGUAUUUAAAUAGUUAAACUUGGUUCAACUUUUUAUUUUCGCUUCUUUAUACAUCUGCAAGUCGACCUACUAAAUCAAUGGAGCAAAAAUUAGCUCACUCCAAGUUGCAAUUUUUUGCAACCGCAUUCGACCCAACCGCUUCAAGUUUCGAUUCGAUCAAGCUGCGGAGGCUUAAACGAGACUCAUCUGAAUCUGUACUGGUUCCAAAACAACAACGCGAAGAACAAGAGGAACAAAAACUUUUCACUGCUUUGAAGUUUGUUCAAACCGAAAUUCCCGAUGAGUUUCAACCAAUCACAUUCGAUGCCAGGUUUCACGAUCACUUUACAUUCUUUUUUGAUUUCUCAGAGGAAAAUGUUGAGUCACUUUUUGACCACGUGUUGAGUAACUUCCCGCAAUACGCAAACACUAAACUGAGUUUCCACACCAGGCCCGGAAAGAUAGUGUUCCGGAAAAUUAAAAACAAACAAACAAACAGAAUCCUCGAGAAAAAAAACCUGGUUACCCAAAAUUAUUACCUCUCGAAUAAACAUGGUCUGAUACCAGAAUUUGCUCCUAUUUUGAACCCUGAUUAUUUCACCCAUGAGGGACAUUUAAUGAAGCAGUUUGAGAUGUUGGAGUUCGAAGAAGUUUCAGACUUGUAUCCCAAGCGGGAUAUGUUAGUAACUUUUGCACGUCUACGCGAAAAACGGGCGACUAUGAGUGUCGAAAUAGCUGAAAAUCAUCAAGCAGCAGAAAUCAAGGAAAAAAAGAAAAGUGAACUCAUUUCAGCUAUCCUCAGUGCUGAAACACUUGGAGAUGUUCUCGACAAUGUCGACAAAAAGGAUGUCAAAAUGACUCACUUCAAGAAGAAAAAAUUGCUGAAAUCGGGCGACAAAACCAGUAACCAAACACGCGAUGCCUUGCAAAUAUUAGAUGAUGCUUAUAAUAGGAUGACCCAUGAAGCUUCACCAACAGAAUCAGCGCUCAAAAUUGAAAGCACAGCUGAAUGUGCGCCAAACAAUGCUGCUCAAAAACCUGUUAAGGUUAUGAAACAACUUGGAUUUUUGAACAUCAGUGAGCUGAGCGCUGCUCCUCUAGAAUGGCGUGCAAGUUUAGUUCUCAAAGAGAGGCAAGUUCUACCUGAAGGUAUCCAAGAGGUGCUCAACAGAUGUUCUGAAGACUCGUCCAGUAGCUCCUCCAACAAACUUCCCUAUGGAACUGAAGAUUGGCGAGUGUGCUGCAUAAAACGGAUUUUGGAAACGAAAUAUUGGGUGAAAGAAAUUGACUCUGAUGACUCAGACCAAGGGUGCACAGUGCUACUCCGUGUUAAGGUGAGGAAAGUGCGAAUGAUGACUGAUAAAGAUGUGGAGUGGAAGGAAUCGACCGCAAUUGGCUUGAAACUAAUACGAUCCGAACAAGACAAGGUCACUAAGAGAAGUGGAAGGAGCUACGCCAGAGAACUGAAGCUGGUCCGCGACUGGAUCAAAAAAUUGUUUCCCUCUCAUAAUGAAAAUUAGACAAACGAAUGCUAAAGCGAUUGUUAUCCAUCCUGAAAUAUUUAACCAUGUACUUAUAUAGAUUAUAUACAUAUAAUAUACAUCCUAA